UCCGCCCUGUGUGAACCGGUCGCUGUCCUGUAACCAAAUAACCGCAGGUCUAGAGUCUCCUGCCGGAGCCAUGCCUUCUCUCAGAGCUGCUUUUGAAGUCGGGCUGGAUUUUCUGGAGUUCCUUGGGGAACGAAAAUCCAAAACAGACAAAAAGGAACUCCGGGACAUCUACAACUUAGAGUUUAAAAGGGAAGGAACCAAUGAGCCAAAUUUUUCCAGGCUGGUCUUUGCCCUUCAGCACUUCAACAAAGCCAGUAUAAGGCAUGGCAAAGUUAUCCUGCAUGCCAAAUCCCAGGUGCGUGUUUACUACUGUGACCAGUGGAGGUCAGUGGCAGGGUCCAGAACUGAUAAUGUUGGAGCCACAGCUUCAGCCUCCGCUCACUCAUCUUCACCUACUGUUAACCCGGUCCUCACUUCAAAGAAAAAACUGGCUAAAGAAGUCCUUCAGAGACUUAGGGUAAACAGAGCAGAACUGAUCUCUGAUAAAGGAAGCAUUAAAAUCACUUCUGAUCCAGAGAGCACCAAUGGAAAAGUUGUGUUGAACAUCGACCUCGUGGACAGGGUGUAUGUGGUGAAGUUUCACAUUGAGAACGUGGGGCAAAACUGCAUUUACUUCAGCUUCUACACGGCCCUGCACCGGAUGCGAUGCUUUACUUUAGUGGACGAGAGGAGAGUGACCAGGGUUUGCCCUCUGCUUCUCUGUCCAGGUGAGAGCUAUGUGGUAGAGGUGCAUUACCACAUUCAUCACUACGGACAUUUCCCCGCCACCAUGUACUUUGAAUUCUGCCCUGAAUCAGAGGACUCCAGCCCCUCCAAACCUUUCUGCAUUGUAAGGGAACUGGAGGUGGUGAUCCAGACCAAGUUGGCUGCAGAACUGGGCCCAGAAAGCCCCUACACACCCAAGCAGAGGGGAAGGUACAGACCUGAGAACCGAGUAGUGGAAGAGGGUGUCCCACCUGAAAGUGGUGUGACACAUUCUCUGAAGCAGGAGGUGAAGCUAAAGGACUAUAAGUACCCUGCUUACCUGAAAGACUUGGUGAAACACCGGUUAGCUGAUACAGAGAAGCUUUCCCCAGCAGCUAGAUUACAGCUACCCAGAGUGAAAGCCGUGUUGGAGACUCCGUUGUGUAUAAAGCAGUAUGCAGAACGUUUCCACCUCCUCCUGCAUCUAGAGGAGAUUCAGAUGGAAGUAGACAUAAAGAAGUAUGAUCUGUACAACCAGACCAUGACACAAGACAUAACCAACAAAAAGCUGCUGGUGUUAAAGGUUCCAGGCGUCGCAGAGAACAGGCCAUCUGUGUUGAGAGGAGAUCACUUGAAUGUGUGUGUGUCUGAAGACAAAGCCAAACCUGUCACCAUGUACAAAGGCUAUGUCCAUCGUGUGGAGCUGGAUCGUGUUAAGUUGGGCUUUUCUAAGAAGCUUGUACAGAAGUUUGUUAGUAAUAUGAAGUUUGAUGUGGAGUUCAACAUCAACCGCUUCCCUCUUAAACUCCAGCACCGAGCUGUAGAUCUGGCUGUACAACACAAGCUGGGAAAUGUUUUGUUCCCCAGUGGUAAUAAAGUCGAACCUCCAGCAGUGCCAAAGCUCAGCAUGUUUAAUCGAGAUCUGGAGAGCAACCCUGAGCAGAGCACUGCAGUUCAGCACAUUCUGUCUGGCCAUUCUAAGCCAGGUCCAUACCUGAUAUUUGGACCUCCUGGCACGGGCAAAACAGUUACAUUAGUGGAGGCCAUAAAGCAGGUGAAUAGGUCCGGUACUGUUGCCCAUGUCCUGGCUUGUGCUCCCUCCAACAGUGCCUGUGAUCUGCUGUGUGAGAGGUUGCUAAGAUACGUGGAUGGCCAUCACCUCUAUCGUCUCUGUGCCAGCAGUAGAGACCCCCGCACUAUGCCACAGAAACUACUGAAACACAGUAACUGGGAUGAAGGGCAGGACAGCUUCAUCCUCCCAUCUAAAGAGACUCUGAUGGGCUACAGUGUUAUUGUGGUCACGCUGAUCACUGCUGGAAGGCUUGUAUCUGGAGGUGUCCCGGUUGGUCACUUCACACACGUCUUCAUAGAUGAGGCUGGCCAAGCUGUGGAACCUGAGUGUGUUGUUGGGAUUGCAGGUCUCCUCCAUCCUGAGAAAGGUCAGGUGGUUUUGGCAGGAGACCCUCAGCAGCUUGGACCUAUCUUGAGAUCUCCACUGGCACAGCAACAUGGGCUGGGACUGUCACUGCUGGAGAGACUGAUGACCCAGAACUCGCUCUAUCAGAAGACUCAUGAUGGCUCCCAGGCUUACAACAGCUGCUUUGUCACGAAGCUCCUGCGCAACUACAGGUCGCACCCUGCCAUCCUCGAGAUUCCUAAUGAGCUUUUCUAUGACAAUGAACUACAAGUUUUUGCAGACCAGAUGGAGAGAGAAGCUUUCUGCCACUGGGAGCAUCUCCCUAAACAGGGCUUCCCAGUAAUAUUCCAUGGAGUGAUGGGGAAAGACGAGAGAGAAGCGAACAGUCCAUCUUUCUUCAAUGUCAGUGAGAUCGAGGUCCUCAUCAGCUAUCUCCAAAAGCUAAAGCUAACUCAGGGAAAGAAGGGCCUUCCUAAACUCAAGCCUGCUGACAUUGGCAUCAUUGCUCCUUACAGGAAACAAGUGGAGAAAAUCAGGAAAGCCCUACAAACAGUAAAAGAAUUAAAACAGUGGAAUGAUAUUAAGGUGGGCUCCGUGGAGGAAUUUCAGGGACAGGAGAAAAGGGUGAUCAUGGUGUCUGCAGUCAGAAGCAGCAUAAGCUAUGUGAAGAUGGACCAAGACUUUAACAUUGGCUUCCUCACAAACGAGAAGAGGUUUAAUGUAGCCAUGACCAGAGCCAAAGCCCUGCUCAUUGUGGUAGGAAACCCAGUCAUCCUCAACAAGAAUCCCACCUGGCAGAGGUUCAUCCAGUACUGUGAACAAGAGCAGGGCUACACUGGUUUUGACUACAGAGAUGCUGAGGGGGAGGAAGAUGUGGUGACCCGACUGGCAUCUCUAAAAAUUCAUACUGCCACUGAAGAAAUAGAAGAGAGCACACUGCAACAGAAUGUGCAUCCAGAAUGGAGGAGUGAACAGUGAACCACCUACAGACCGGCUGUCAAUCAGUCGACAGUGUACUUGCCAUUAAACUGAGAACCAUGGUAAAGCAUUGCAGCAGUUUUUCCCCCUGAAGGCAUCAUUCUUAUUCGUUUUUAGAUGCUACUAACCGGCAUGUCUAUAUUUUAGUUAAGCUAGUUAAGAAUCACUGGAAGUAUCAAGAAAAAAAAAAAUACUACAUAAUCUUCCAAAUGGGAUGCCUAUAAAAUUGGACUUGAGUUUUAUCGUUUUGAGUUUAAAUUAAUUUCUUAUACAUAAAGUUGGUGGAAAUUACCAUUUACUGUACAUCCUUAGCUUUUCUAUUCUUAAUGCAUUGCGCUUAGUUCUAAAGCCUUAUAAUUGCAGUACAUCUCCUAAAUACUUCAUUUAGAAUUUUAGCUCAAAAGAAAAAGGUCCUUGCUAUGCAAAGACCACCCUAUUUUGUCUAUUUUCAAAUAUGUAUAAAAUAUUUUUUUAUACAAA